AUGUCGGUCCCUGCUGAAGGUCUCGUCUCUGUGGCUUCCAACGUCCAGCCUCAGGCCAUCGGCACCGGGUCCCGCGCUGCAAAGGGCAAGACAGUCUUGAUCGACAACUACGACAGCUUCACCUACAACGUCGUCCAAUUUCUUGCCGAGGCUGGCGCUGACCUCGUCGUCUACCGCAAUGACAAGGUCACGCUCGAAGAGAUCGAGGCGCUCAAGCCAGCCAACAUCGUCAUCAGUCCCGGUCCGGGUCAUCCCCUCCACGAUUCGGGCAUCUCGAUCCCUUGCAUCAAGCACUUCGCCGGCAAGAUUCCCAUCCUCGGCGUUUGCAUGGGUCUUCAGUCCAUCUACUCUGCCUACACCGGUGUCGUCGAAUUUGCUGGCGAGAUCGUCCACGGCAAGACGUCCGAGAUCGCUCACGAUGCCAAGGGUCUCUACGCCGGUCUUCCUGCACACGGUGUAAUCGGCACUCGCUACCACAGUCUCGCUGCGCAGCUCCCCAGCCUGCCCAAGGAGCUCGUCGUCACUUCCAAGACCGCUAGCGGUGUGGUCAUGGGCAUCCGUCACACUCGUUACACCGUCGAAGCCGUGCAGUAUCAUCCUGAAAGCAUUCUCAGCGUCGGCGGCCGCGAGAUGAUGGUCAACUUCCUCAGCUGGACCGGCGGCACUUGGGACGCCAACCCGCAGGCCAAGGUCGAUGCCGCUGCCAUCGAGCGCGCGGAAAGCACAACAGAGCCUGUCCUCGCCAUGGCUGCUGACGGUGCCACCGCCAAUGCUUCAACCUCCAACGGCCACGCACCCGCAGCUGCGACGGGCAGUGUUGGCACCAUCCUCGAACGCAUCCACGUUCAGCGACUCAAGGACAUCGCUGCGACCAAAGCCAUUCCAGGCUUCUCCCAGCGCGACCUCGACAUCUCCCUGUCGCUGCAUCUCGCUCCUCCCCUCAUCAACUUCCCCGAACGGCUCCUGCGCCACGCCUCUCGUGGCUUGCCAGGCGUCAUGGCCGAGAUGAAGCGUGCCAGUCCGAGCAAGGGUGAUAUCGACCCGACCGCCCACGCUGGCGCUCAAGCGCUUGCGUACGCACGUGGCGGUGCCAGCGUCAUCAGCGUCCUCACCGAGCCCAAGUGGUUCAAGGGCUCCGUGCACGACCUCUCGCUCGCAAGACGCGCCGUCGACAACCUGCCCGAUCGCCCUGCCAUCUUGAGGAAGGAUUUCAUCGUCGACACCUACCAGAUCGCCGAAGCGAGGCUCGCGGGUGCCGACACCGUGCUGCUCAUUGUCGCCAUGCUCACCGACGAGCACCUCAAACAGCUGUACGACUACAGUGUCAGCCUCGGCAUGGAGCCGCUCGUCGAAGUCAACAAUCCCGACGAGAUGGCCCGUGCCAUCCGACUCGGUGCCAAGGUCGUCGGUGUCAACAACCGCAACCUGCACGACUUCAACGUGGACAUGGAGACCACUUCGCGACUCGCCGAUGCUGCCAGCAAGGGAGGCGUCAUCCUGUGUGCCCUCAGCGGCAUCAGCGGCCGCAGCGAUGUUGCCAAGUAUCUCAACGAGGGUGUCGGCGCCGUCUUGGUCGGCGAGGCCCUCAUGCGCGCCAAGGACAAGCGUGCCUUCAUCCACGAUCUGCUCGGUCUCCCAUCCGCCAGCUCUGCAGCCGAGACCGUUCCCGGCUCCGUCGUUGGUCACGGCUCGCUCGUCAAGAUCUGCGGUUUGUCGACGGUCGAAGCCGCAGUGACUGCAGCGGAAGCUGGAGCAGACAUGCUCGGCAUGAUCCUCGCUCCAGGCACCAAGCGUACGGUUCAGCUCGACACCGCUGCCGAGAUCAUCAAAGCUGUUCGCUCGCUUCCCGCCUCCGCGAGCGCUUCCUCAGCGAGUCUCGACGCUGAGGCAGUUGCCGGAUCCAUCGAGGAAGGUGUGACGCCGGAGGACUGGUUCUCGUUGACGGUCAAGAAGCUUCGCUCGCGAGCAGGUCGUCGGCCCCUCGUGGUCGGAGUGUUCCGAGAUCAGCCGCUUGCCGAGGUCGCGAGCACAGCCGAACGUCUCGACCUCGACGUCGUCCAACUUCACGGUCGUUCCGAGGGGAUCGAGUGGGCCAAGUUCUUGCCUGGUCGUCUCGUCAUCCGUGUCUUUUCCGUCGGGCCUGGUGCUCAAAUCGGCAGAGACUUGCUCAGAGAUGUCAGUCGACCGGGAUACCAUCACAUCGCCGCCUUGGAUACCGCGGCGGCGGGUGGGGAUGGUGGCACAGGCGUGUCUUUCGACUGGUCGGUGGCUAAGCAGAUUCGAGACGCGGAUGCAUUGCCCGACGUUGUCGGGGGUUCAGCGUCGAGACACAUGCCAGUGUUGCUCGCCGGUGGUUUGACGGCUGAGAACGUCGCAGAGGCGAUCAAGGUCGCGCAACCUUUUGCUGUCGAUACCAGCUCUGGCGUCGAGACAGACGGCAAGAAGGAUCUCGCCAAGAUCAAGGAGUUUGUGAGCGCUGCUCGUGCUGCUUCCAUACAGUCAUAG